UCAGACGUCAGACCACACGAUACGUCCAUGGAUCGGACCAUUCAUUACACCUUUACUCGCUUUAUACAUAAAACAAGUUGUUAAAACUUCAAUCGAGUAAGAUGAAUAAAGUGGUUUUGGUGACCGGAGCGAAUAGCGGCGUCGGCCUGGCUCUCUGUGAGCGGCUCCUGGGAGAGGAUCCUGGGCUGCAGCUCUGUCUGGCCUGCAGGAACAUGUGCCGGGCGCAGGCUGCCCGGGCCGCGCUGCUCGCGUCCCACCCCGGGGCCCAGGUGGGACUGCUGCAGCUAGACACCAGCUCCGUCACUUCCGUUCUGAACGCAGCCAAAGAGGUGAAGCUCAGGUACAGCCAGAUGGACUAUCUCUACCUCAAUGCUGGUAUCAUGCCAAACCCACAGUUCGAUGUGAAAGCCUUUUUCAAAGGCGUCUUUUCCAGAAACGUUGUAAAUAUGCUUGCCACUGGAGAAGGUAUUCUGAAACAGAAGGACAGCAUCACUGCCGACGGAAUGCAGGAGGUAUUCGCGACCAACCUAUUUGGUCAUUUCCUCCUGGUCAGAGAGCUGGAGAGCCUCCUCUGCCAGGCCGGACGGACCUCCCAGGUGAUCUGGACCUCCUCCAUCAACGCCCAGCAGUCAGCCUUCAGCCUGGAGGACGUCCAGCACCGGCAGGGCUCCCAGCCCUACAGCUCCUCCAAGUACGCCACGGACCUGCUCAGUGUGGCCCUCAACACGCACCUCAACUCACAGGGCCUGUAUUCAUCGGUCAUCUGUCCAGGUUUUGUGAUGACCAAGUUGACCUAUGCCAUCCUGCCCGCAUUCCCGGAUUUUCUGUGGUCCCUGGUUAUGCCACUCUUUUGGUUUAUCCGGAUUUUUACCAACACGUUCACCCUGACGCCGUAUAAUGGAGCUGAAGCUCUGUUGUGGCUGUUCCACCAGAAGCCUGAGUCACUGGAUCCUUACUCCAAGUACCACAGUCUGACCUCAGGCCGGGGCGCCAACCACAUACAGCCACGGAAGAUGGAUGUGGAUGAGGACCUGUCCCAGGCCCUCUAUGUGAAGCUAUUGGAGCUGGAGCACGGAGUGAGGAAGAGGAGAGGGACCGAAUAACCCUUCAUGGUCACAGUAGCCAACCAGAGCUUCAACAACAAUGUGCAUUGAAACCAUUACUGUAAUUUGGACAAAUUUGAAAUAUAUAUUUUGAAUGAAAAUAGGAUAAUAUUGAAAAUGCUGGGAUAAUUAGAUUGUCUAUAAAAAUGUGAUGUUGUUUAGGCUGUUAUAAAUAUAUUGAGUUUAAUUUAAAUGUAUAAAUACCUUUUAUAAAUAAUUAUUUUAAAUACAAUUAUAUAUUCCUUUAUAACAAUGAAAAGAGUUACCAUUUUUAAAGUUCUCACGAAGAAAUAUGAAAAAUAAAUCACAAAAUAUAAAUUAUUGGGAAUAUAAUAUUUAUAAAUGAUGGAAAAUAAACCAAAUGCAUAGGCCUAUGCAGGCUACA